AGGGUGGCGGAUCGCACCACAGCUACCGCCGGCCUGAAGGGCUGCAUCCGCCUCCUGGACGUGAACAACCAGAUGUACGACCUGCGGGAGAAAGGCAGCGACGUGCUGUAUGGCAGCGGGGUGGGCGAGUGCGGCAACGACCCCUGUCACCCCAACCCCUGUCACCACGGUGGCAUCUGCCGCGUCAAGGAGGCAGAGAUGUUCCACUGCGAGUGUCUCCACACCUACACGGGCCCAACGUGUGCCGACGAGAGGAAUCCCUGCGACCCUACGCCCUGCCACGUCUCUGCCACCUGCCUGGUGCUGCCAGAGGGAGGUGCCUUGUGCGCCUGUCCCAUGGGCCGGGAAGGAGACUUCUGCGAGCUAGUGACAGAGCAGGACCACACCAUGCCCUUCCUCCCGGAGUUCAAUGGCUUCUCCUACCUCGAGCUGAACGGGCUGCAGACCUUCGUUCCUGACCUCCAGGACAAAAUGUCCAUGGAAGUUGUGUUCCUGGCCAAGAACCCCAGCGGCAUGAUCUUCUACAACGGCCAGAAGACGGAUGGCAAAGGGGACUUUGUCUCCCUGGCCUUACACGAUGGCUACCUGGAGUACAGAUACGACCUGGGCAAAGGGGCGGCUGUGCUCAGGAGCAAAGAGCCAGUUCCCCUCAACACCUGGAUAAGUGUCUUGUUGGAGAGGAAUGGGCGCAAAGGGGUAAUGAGGAUCAACAACGGCGAGAGGGUGAUGGGAGAGUCACCGAAAUCCCGUAAGGUGCCUCACACCUUCCUGAACUUGAAGGAGCCGUUUUAUGUGGGGGGAGCCCCUGAUUUCAGCAAGCUAGCUCGAGCAGCUGCCAUCUCCACCAGCUUCGAUGGAGCUGUGCAAAGGAUCUCCGUCAAGGGGGUGCCUGUGCUGAAGGAGCAGAACAUCCGCAGCGCCAUUGAGAUCUCCCCCUUCCGAGGCCACCCCUGUACCCAGAAACCCAAUCCUUGCCAGAACGGAGGCACUUGCAGCCCCCGGCUAGAGAGCUACGAGUGUGCCUGCCAGAGGGGCUUCUCCGGGGCUCACUGUGAGAAAGUGAUCAUUGAGAAGGCUGCUGGAGAUGCAGAGGCCAUUGCUUUUGAUGGUAGGACAUAUAUGGAGUACCACAAUGCCGUGACAAAGAGCGAGAAGGCCUUGCAAUCCAACCACUUUGAACUAAGCAUCAAAACAGAAGCCACUCAGGGGCUGAUCCUGUGGAGUGGGAAGGGGCUGGAGCGAUCAGACUACAUUGCCCUCGCCAUAGUGGAUGGCUUCGUACAAAUGACCUACGACCUCGGCUCCAAGCCAGUUGUCCUACGAUCCACCGUCCCAGUCAACACCAACCGGUGGAUCCAUAUCAAAGCAUACAGGGUACAGAGAGAAGGUUCCCUUCAAGUCGGCAACGAAGCCCCCAUUGCUGGCUCUUCUCCGCUCGGUGCGACACAGCUAGAUACAGAUGGGGCCCUGUGGCUGGGGGGACUGGAGAAGCUGAGCGUGGCUCACAAGCUGCCCAAGGCCUACAGCACGGGCUUUAUUGGCUGCAUAAGGGACGUGAUUGUCGACCGCCAAGAACUGCAUCUGGUGGAGGACGCUUUAAACAACCCCACGAUAUUACACUGCUCAGCCAAAUAGACCCCCAGGGACCCUUCCUUCUCCUUCCCUCCCUCCUGCCUAUUGCUGUAAUUAUUUUCUAUUUUUGUAAACUUAUUGCUUUUUAUAUUUUGGGGGGGGAGGGGGGAAAGGGAGGGGAGGAAACACCUUUUUCUUUUGGGUUAUUUGUUCGGUUGCAGUCUAUCCAGGUCAGUCAGACUCUAAUCAAACAGCAGCAACAACGAACAAACCUUGAACCAAGUCUCCAAGAAGUGACAGAAGAACUUCCCCAUUGCACCUGCAUUGUAAAUCUUACUCAUACUUGAAGCUUCUUCUCGGGUUGUUGUGUUUUUCCC